UCUCUUCCUUCCUCUCUGCAGCCUCGUGUGCGUCUGUCCACUGGUCCCCAACAGAAACACAGAACCUUCUAUGAGUUCCGCACCUACAGCAUCCGUCCAGACCAGUACGCUGCCUUCCUCAAACUGACCAAUGAGGAGAUCCACCUGCGCACCGCCCACUCUGAGCUGAUUGGCUACUGGAGCAUUGAGUACGGUGGCCUGAACAAGGUCUUCCAUAUAUGGAAGUAUGACAGUUAUUCUCAGCGGGCAGGUGUUCGGGCAGCUCUCUCUCAGGACCCCUCCUGGAUCUCUGAGUAUGUCUCUAAGGCGAUACCGAUGUUGAUGUCUCAGGAGAACGAGGUGAACUACCUGGUUCCCUGGAGUCACCUGCAGGACCCCCCCCAGGAGGGCGGUGUGUACGAGCUGGUUUCCUUCCAGAUGCGUCCCGGUGGUCCGGCGGUUUGGGGAAACGCCUUCCAGGCUGCCGUCACUUCCCAUGAUGCACCUGGGUACGGCAAGCUGGUGGGAGCGUUUAACAGCGAGUGUGGAAUGCUGAACAGAGGUACACUGUAAAAGAUGUACAUUACAUUACAGUCAUGUAGCAGACGCUUUUAUCCAAAGCGACUUACAAUAAGUGU